CAGUGCCGGGCCGCGAUGCCGCUCAAGGCCGUGAUCCUCAUCGGGGGCCCGCAGAAGGGCACCCGGUUCCGGCCGCUGUCGUUCGAGGUGCCCAAGCCGCUGUUCCCCGUGGCCGGGGUGCCCAUGGUGCAGCACCACAUCGAGGCCUGUGCCCAGGUGCCGGGCAUGAAGGAGAUCCUGCUGCUGGGCUUCUACCAGCCCCACGAGGCCCUCAGCCGCUUCCUGGUGGCGGCACAGCAGGAGUUCAAGAUCCCCAUCAGGUACCUCCAGGAGUACGCGGCGCUGGGCACGGCAGGGGGCAUCUACCACUUCCGAGACCAGAUCCUGUCGGGGGGCACCGAGGCUUUCUUCGUGCUGAACGCGGACGUGUGCUCCGAGUUCCCCUUGCAGGAGAUGCUGGGCUUCGGGCAGCGGCACGGGGCCGCGCACGGCUUCGUCAUCCUGGGCACCACGGCCAACAGGACGCAGGCGCUGAACUACGGCUGCAUCGUGGCCAACGCUGACACGCAGGAGGUGCAGCACUACGUGGAGAAGCCCAGCACGUUCGUCAGCGAGGUGAUUAACUGCGGCAUCUACCUGUUCACGCCUGCCAUCUUCCAGCACAUCGGCGAGGUUUUCCAGCGGCAGCAGCAGGAGCUCGCGCUAGAGGAGAGCUCCAACGGCUGGCAGCGCGCCGAGGUGAUCCGGCUGGAGCAGGACGUCUUCACCGCGCUGGCCGGCAGGGGCAAGCUCUACGUCUACCAAACCGAGGGCUUCUGGAGCCAGAUCAAAUCGGCCGGCUCUGCUAUCUACGCCAGCCGCCUCUACCUCAACCAGUACAGCAAAACCCACCCCGAGAGGCUGGCCCAGAACAAACCCGGAGGCCCCAUCAUCCGAGGGAACGUCUACAUCCACCCCACGGCCUCCAUCGACAGCACGGCAGUGCUGGGCCCCAACGUCUCCAUCGGGGAGGGGGUGACGGUGGGAGCCGGCGUGCGUGUGCGCGAGUCCAUCGUGCUGCACGGGGCCGCGCUGCACGACCACACCUGCGUCCUCAACACCAUCGUGGGCUGGGACAGCACCAUCGGGCGCUGGGCGCGCGUGGAAGGGACGCCCAGCGACCCCAACCCCAACGACCCCUACGCCAAAAUCGACAGCGAGAGCCUCUUCAGGGACGGGCGCCUCACGCCGUCCAUCACCAUCCUGGGCUGCAGCGUCACCAUCCCCGCCGAGGUGGUUAUCCUCAACUCCAUCGUGCUCCCCCACAAGGAGCUGAGCCGCAGCUGCAAGAACCAGAUCAUCCUCUGAGGUCGCUGCCUGCUGGGCUGGGGUGGCCUCUGCCACCUCUGUCACCUCCUGGGGGGUCCCAGCGCCCCGGGGGCGGGUGAGGAGCCCCCUCUCAGUGCCUGGCUCCUGCUCCCAACAGACAUUAAAGCCGGUGAGCAUCAGCCUCGCUUGCUGCUUCUCUGGGAGCACAGGGAUUUGGGGGAAAUGUGGGGGCAGCACGUGGCUCAGGCGCCAGGCCAGCUGCUGCCAGGGGAGCUCCUGCUGCCUGCGGGAUCUCAGGCCCUGAGCUUUUUUUGGGUGCCUCUGUACCGAGGGGCACUACCCACAGGGGCUUGGCACCCCGUGCCAGGCUGCCCCCCAGCCCGUGUCUCCAGUUUUUGGGAAGGUCUUAGAGUCAUGGGAUCGCCCCAGCUGGAAGGGACCCAUAAGGAUCAUCGAGUCUGACUCCUAAGUAGGAGUUUUGAUGUCUCUAAGAGGCAGGGGAGCUCUGUGCCUGCUGUGCCUCCGCACCCCCCCCAGCACCAGCCCAUUGCGAGAGUCCUGCUGUCAGCAGCGGGAUUGCAACAGCCUGAGCUGGGCUCCUGCCUCCCGGGGCAGGGACAGCAGUGCCAGGCUGCUCCCAGGGCACUGGGCAGGCCAGCCCUUUCCCUUUCCUUUUCCCCCCCGCCCCGUCCCUUCCCUGUGCUCUGUGCUCCUGCCCCGAGCCCCUCAGGGCCCCCGCUGUGCAGCAGGCACGGCAUUAGGGAUUCUCCAUCCAUCCCGCCCCCCCCCAGCUCGGCGGAUUUGCAGCAAAUCCUCGCUCCCAGCCCUGUGCAUUCCCGUGCCAGCUCUGCUGUGGUCCUGGGCGGGGAUUAGCUGUUCCCUGACUUUAAGCACAUUAAAACUCCCUCAGUUUUGCCUCUG